AUGUCUGCAUCUUUGAAGGAAAGAAAAGAAGAAUUUGUAACAGGACUUACAGGUGGUUCGACCAUUGACAUAUAUGGUGUGACAUCUGUAUCGAUUAUAUCUUAUUUAGUGUGGUCAGUUUUGAAAAAAAAAACAUCUGUCUUCAGUGAUUCCAAUGAUGUUCAGGCUAUGGUUCUAGACUUUUUGAUAAACUGGGUUCUCCUUUUGCUUUCUGUUACGUGCUACUCUAACAAUAUUAUCACAUUGAUUGCUGCUUCAAUGAUACCGCUAUUAUUAAUAGUGCUCAGGAGGACGAAAGAGUCGGGCAGAAAAACAAUCAAAAUCAACCUGACCACCUUAUCAUCCACUCAGUUUACACCAAUUUUAGCCUAUGUGACUGUUUACCGUGCACAAAUGAUGAUAAUUACGUGUAUUUGUAUUCUGUCAGUCGACUUCCCUGUUUUUCCAAGGAGGUUUGCCAAAGUUGAAACAUGGGGCACUAGCUUGAUGGAUCUUGGGGUCGGAUCUUUCGUAUUCUCAAUGGGUCUCGUGAGCGCCAGACAAACUAUUAGACAAAGGUUUGACUCAAACUAUAACUACGUUAGGAAUCUGAUCACAUCGAUAAAAAAUAGCAUACCCAUACUUGUUUUGGGUGCUCUGAGAUUGACAAGCGUUAAGCUGUUUGAUUACCAAGAACAUAUCACCGAGUACGGAAUGCAUUGGAACUUCUUCUUUACCCUGAGUCUUAUUCCACUGGUUGCAAACAGUUUUGCGCCAAUCAUUGAUCUACUUUCACCAAUUGUGACAGGAUUUAUAAUAAUGUUAUUAUAUGAGGUUGUCCUGACAAAAUAUGAAUUACUGGAAUACAUUCUCAAUUCGAAAAGAGAAGGAUUGAUCGGCAUGAACAAAGAGGGACUUUUUUCUUUAGCAGGGUAUCUUGCAAUAUACUUGAAUGGGAUUUCUCUGGGAUAUACGAUUUUGCCCCUUUUCCCUACCUGCAAGAAUCUGCUAAGAGCUAAUGGGUCCAAAGACGAGUGCCUGAGCAAUAGAAAAAACAGGGCAUUCACAGUAUCACCAAUCAAAGGGCUGUUCAUUCUAGCAGCUCUUUUUCAUGCCUUGUAUUACAUAUUAGAUACAUGCUAUAUUUAUGGAGUGUCUCGAAGGAUGGCCAAUUCCUUAUAUGUCAUUUGGGUUUGUGCUUACAAUUAUACAUUCUUAUUUGGCUUCAAGCUUGUUGAGAAUCUUAUAUGGGGAGAACCCCAAUAUGAACUGACACGCAGUGAAAACAAAAUAACAGCAGUGAAUGAUCAUCGUCAUAAGGACUGUGUUCCAGUGGGCCUACGCGCAGUGAACUACAAUGGCCUGACUGUUUUCGUACUGGCAAACGUGCUUACGGGCCUUGUGAACCUGACCUUCAGCACAAUUGACAUGAGUGAUAUCAUGGCCCUUAUAUUAUUAAUCACAUACUGCGCUGUACUCUCCGCAGUCGCAUUCUUUUUGUACACCAAAAGGAUACACAUUAGAUAG